AUGGACGGUAUGGCUUUAAAAUUCCCUUCUUUCAAAUCCCUAAACCCUAACAACUCCAUCAUUCGAAAUCCCGCUCUUUUCUGCUUCGGCCUCCGCAAAUUCUCUUCUUCUUCUUCACUUCCUGUAUCGGCAACAGCCACUACUCUCACAGAAAGCGACCCGGCUUCUAACUCCGUUUCACUUGGUCACUUAACCCGACCCGACUUCCCUAUCCUCCACCAGGAGAUAUAUAACGGAUCAAAACUUGUUUACUUAGACAACGCAGCUACUUCACAGAAACCAAAUUCAGUGUUAAAGGCUUUGCAAGAUUAUUAUGAAUCUUAUAAUUCCAAUGUUCAUCGAGGAAUUCAUUACUUAAGUGCAAAGGCAACAGAAAAAUAUGAACUGGCGAGAGAGAAAGUUGCAGCUUUCAUAAAUGCAGAAGAAUCUAGCGAGAUUGUGUUUACCAGAAAUGCCACUGAAGCUAUUAAUUUGGUUGCUUAUACUUGGGGAUUUGCAAAUUUAAAAUCUGGAGAUGAGGUUGUAUUGACAAUUGCAGAACAUCAUAGUGCUAUUGUUCCGUGGCAAAUUGUGGCUCAGAAGACUGGAGCUGUUUUGAAGUUCGUUAAUUUAAAUGAGGAUGAAGUUCCGGAUGUAUUUCAGUUGAAAGAAAUGAUUUCAAGCAACACAAAACUUGUUGUUGUGCACCAUAUAUCAAAUACACUCGCUUCUUCUCUUCCAAUUGAAGACAUAGUCCGUUGUGCACAUGCUGUUGGGGCAAAAGUUCUUGUAGAUGCUUGCCAAAGUGUUCCACACAUGGUGGUUGAUGUCCGGGGCCUUGAUGCUGAUUUUCUUGUUGCUUCUUCGCACAAGAUGUGUGGGCCUACAGGCAUUGGAUUUUUAUAUGGAAAAAGUGACAUCUUGUCUACCAUGCCUCCAUUUUUGGGUGGUGGAGAAAUGAUCUCUGAUGUCUUUUUGGAUCAUUCCACAUAUGCAGAGCCUCCAUCAAGAUUUGAGGCUGGAACACCAGCAAUUGGGGAAGCAAUUGGAUUAGGAGCAGCAAUUGAUUAUUUGCAAGGAAUUGGCAUGCAAAAGAUUCAUGAAUAUGAGAUGGAGUUGGCAAAUUAUUUAUAUGAAAAGCUCUCUGCUGUUCCUAACGUACGCAUCUAUGGCCCAAAACCUUCCAAAAGAGUUGAUCGUGCUGCCCUCUGUUCUUUCAAUGUGAAGAAUAUUCACCCCACAGAUAUUGCAACUUUUCUUGACCAACAGCAUGGAGUGGCUAUCAGAUCAGGUCACCACUGUGCUCAACCUCUUCAUCGGUAUCUAGGAGUCAAUGCAAGUGCACGUGCUAGCCUCCAUUUUUACAACACAAAAGAGGAUGUUGAUUAUUUCAUCGAGGCACUCAAUGACACUGUUAGCUUCUUUGAUUCUUUCAAGUAG